AACAUCUAUCUCCCUCAACUCAAACACUCGUAGGUCUCAUUCAUUCAUAGAAACCAAACACAUACCUCGUUCCUUUCACUUUCCUACAAUUCAAAACAUUAACAAAAAACACCUAAAAACCUCACUUCCCCAAUCGAACAACAAAAAAACACUCACCCGAAUCACAUAGAUCACACAACAAAACACACACAGUUACCUAAAUUAAACCUAACCCAGCGAGUUCUAGAAGCUUCUGAUCAUGGACUCAGCAUCAGGAGGAGCACCUGAAGCUCCAUCAACAGCUGUUACAACAACAUCUUCGGCACCACAAGCUGAAGGAUCAUCACCUGCACCACCGAGCCGUUAUGAGUCACAAAAACGCCGAGACUGGAACACGUUUUUGCAGUACUUACAGAACCACAAGCCCCCAUUGACGUUGGCACGAUGCAGUGGUGCACACGUCAUAGAAUUUUUGAAGUACUUGGACCAAUUUGGAAAGACAAAGGUUCACAUAUCUGGCUGCCCGUACUUCGGGCACCCAAAUCCUCCUGCACCUUGCGCCUGCCCGUUGAAGCAAGCGUGGGGUAGCCUUGACGCGCUGAUCGGAAGACUCAGGGCGGCCUACGAAGAAAACGGUGGCCGCCCUGAGUCUAACCCGUUCGGCGCAAGGGCAGUGAGGAUUUACCUCAGAGAAGUAAGGGAGGGUCAGGCUAAAGCCAGAGGGAUCCCUUAUGAAAAAAAGAAGCGGAAGAGGUCUACCGUGACAGUGUCGGCGGUGAGUAACUCCUCUCUUCCUCUUCCUCCUGUUUCUUCAUUACUUUUAUCUGUAUAUAAAUUACGUGGGUCAUUGAAUUCUGAGCAGAAUAAUAAGUGCGAAGGAGCAAUAUCACAGGUUGAUCACCAGGAGGAAGGGAAUCCCACUUAG